AUGCUGAGAUCGAUGCUGCCCGGCGACGAGGAACUGGGCAAGAAGGACGACGACCACAGGCCGCGCGCGACGCGCAUGCCGAUAUGGAUACCCAGGAGCACGCCGCUGCGCUGGCGACGCCGGCGCAUCUUGUUGGCCGUCGUAGGCCUAUAUCUGGUCUACGUGCUCGUCAAGAACAUGCCGACCUUGGGCGCGUGGAGCGACCAGAUAACCACGUCGGAUUAUGGAAGUGCUCCGCCCGGCAGGUUCAGCUACGGCUACGAUCAAACCAACAACGAAGAACCUGCGGGACCGCCGCCAGGAUACAGGGCGCCACGGGCUGGUGAGCCCACACCGCAUACGUUCGAUGGCCAAUUCAAGUUUUACCGGCUCGCUGCCUCAUUGCACGGAGCCUCCCACACCUACGGCUACCGCGCCGUCAAUCGCAACAUUGUGUUUCCCAUAUCCAGCCUGCACAGUGCGUCUACGAUGCUCCCUAUGAUAUGUGAGAUGGCGCGUUGGAGUAGAAACUAUGUACAUGCGGCAUUCAUGGGCAGGGAAGACAUCGACUUGGCCCAGAUAUUAGAGAUCAAUGGCAUAGACCAAAUCAAAUGUCCCGCCAUCUGGCACGAUGCGCGGCCAGACUGGACGGAAUACAGUUCAGACGACCGAGCCGAGCAGAGUGUUAUGGCAGCUAUGACCCACAUCAACAGCUUCUUACACCCACAGGCAGCUAUAAUAGACGAUGCCCUGUCCGAGGAUGGCUUCCUCGUAAGGGGAAUACGCGCGAAAACAGAAGCGUUGCAUAUGCCCCUCAUCGAGAUACCCAGAGAUAGAUUGGACAGCAUGAUGUGGAUGUCUAGGCUUGACGCGGGAUCCCUACGGAGCUGGAACUUACCCACCAUUGAUAUCCUGAUCCAGGUGCCGCCAGACUCUGCGAGCGUUGCUCGUCUCUUGAAGUCAAUCCGAUCAGCCGACUAUAGUGGCAUGAACCUGCCUCAUAUAACCCUCGAAUUGCCCGCGGAGCUCGAUGAAACAGUGGAGCGGUUCUUGGACGACUUCAAGUGGCCUCCAUCCGGCCACCAGAGCCACAUAACGACCAGACGCAAGAUUGGAAGUCAGCGCGCAACACAAGAGGAAUCAGCUAUCCGUUUUCUUGAGCUCUUCUACCCUAGCUCGAAACAUUCGCACGUUCUGCUGCUUUCUCCGCAGGCUGAAUUUUCGUCGCAAUAUUAUCAGUACCUCAUCUUCACUCUACUGGAGUACAAGUACUCCACUUACGCCGAGGACGACGCCCUUGGUGUCAUGGGUGUGACACUGGAGCUGCCCUCUUUUCUGCUCGACGGGAAGACGAAACUCAGCCCUCCCAAGCCCACCGAUAUGCAUUCCAGACGAUACGCUGAGCUUUUUGCUGACACUAAAAGUGUGCCGUUCCUGUGGCAAGCUCCCAAUAGUCAUGCAACGUUGUAUUUUGGCAACAAAUGGGCCGAGCUUCACUCAUUCCUCAGCAACCGUGUGGCGAAGCAUUCCAAAGCGCCGCAACGGAAGAAGCUUGUAUCAGAGACACUCCCAUCCUGGAUGGAGUACACGCUCGAGUUCAUGCGUGCCCGUGGUUACGCUUUGGUUUAUCCCGGAGCGACCUCCGAAGAAGCCCUCGUCACUGUUCACAACGAACUGUACCAUAUCCCCGAAGAGUUUGCCCUACCGAAAUCGAGGCAUGGGGACGAUGAGACCUCUCCACCGACACAGACAAACGAAGCAUUUCUCCGCGGUGACAUGUUUGAGCCACCACCCAAGCUGUCGGAGGCUGGAGUAGUUUCCCAUUCGCGUCCGCUGCACCUCAUCCUACCUUUCGACGGUGAUCUUCCCGAAAUACCCCACCUCCCCUACCUCCUCCAUCGCGGCGACAUGAUACCCCAUUUCAAUGUCUCGUCUAUCGCGGACACCUACGCUGUCAAGUAUCGUGAACUCGUUGGCGGUUGCACAAUUCCAGAGGGCAAGCACCGGAAGGUUACAGUGGGGAGCGCACGCGACCUGUUUUGCUUUGGAGAUGAGGAGGACGAGUGGGAGAACGACAUAGAGGUUUAUGACGCAGAUGUUGAAGACAACUACCGCGAUGCGUGGAAUAGCGCGCCGACGAGUGAUGAGAUGGUUGCCACGAUCACGACGACAGGGAGCAGUACGACAGCCAGUGUGACAUCUAUGCCUACCGCGACUACCAGUCUCCGUUGA